GGGAGACUGGCCACUCGAUUGAGGUCGAAGUCUGGGACCUGCCAGAGGCUCAGUUUGCAGGCUUCUUUGCCACGAUCCCAAGUCCACUCGGUCUCGGCUCCAUGGAGCUUGCAACAGGCUCUUGGGUCUGUGGCUUCAUUUGCGAGCCUACGGGCUUGGAAGAUGCGGAGGACAUCAGCCAUCAUGGGGGCUGGAGAUACUACAUGGCAGCCAAGCCAGGAAAUGGGAUUGCCACCAAGUCCAGAAAUGGUGUCGUCGCCGAAAAGGGACAUCUUUCGUCUGCGCUUAGUUGCGAUAUGCAACACCCGCCACGAUCGAUCAAGUCGGUUCUGGUAGCCAACCGGGGGGAGAUAGCGGUCCGCAUCAUCAAAACCCUCCGAAACAUGGGCAUCAGGUCCAUCGCCAUCUACUCGACCCCCGACGCAGCGGCCGAGCAUGUCCAGAUCGCCGACGUGGCCUGGCCGCUUGUUGGUGACACAGUCAGCGAGACAUACCUGUCCCACAGUCAGAUACUGGAAGCCGCCAAGACGACGGGCGCGGAUGCUGUGAUUCCAGGGUAUGGCUUCCUCGCUGAAAACGCCGACUUUGCCGCCAAAGUCGAGGAAGCAGGCCUUGUCUGGAUCGGGCCGACGCCAGACCAGAUGCGCGAUCUGGGGUUGAAACACCGAGCGCGUGAGAUUGCCCAAGCCGCCGGCGUCCCUACAGUCCCAGGGACGGCGCUGCUCGAGGACAGCGCCCAGGCGGUAGCGGAAGCGGGCAGGAUCGGGUUUCCUGUCAUGAUCAAGAGCACCGCUGGCGGUGGCGGCAUUGGACUGCGUGUUUCACACGAUGCCGAAUCACUCAAGGAGGAUUAUGAGAGCGUCCAGAGACUGGCAGCUUCCAACUUUGGUGACGCUGGUGUUUUCCUGGAGCGGUUUGUCCAGCGAGCACGCCAUAUCGAAGUGCAGGUUCUAGGUGACGGAAAUGGGGCUGUCGUCACUGUUGGGGAGAGAGAUUGUUCACUCCAGAGGCGCAAUCAAAAAGUCGUCGAGGAGUGUCCGGCCUUCUUUGUACCUCAUGAGGUACGACAGAGGAUGCGGAAGGCUGCGGUUGAUCUCGCUGCAGCGGUCAGCUAUCGCAACGUUGGCACGGUCGAGUUUAUCUAUGACGUUGACAAGGAGGAUUUCUUCUUUCUCGAGAUGAACACGCGUCUUCAGGUUGAACAUCCGGUAACGGAAGAAGUAAUGGGCCUGGACCUCGUCGAGUCGAUGGUUCAGCUUGCAGGCGGCCAAGGUAUCACUUACAAACAUAAAGACUUUGAUGCUGACGACAAGUUCUCGAUCGAAGCCCGCAUCUAUGCCGAGUCUCCGCUGCAGGACUUUCGUCCGUCCUCUGGCAAGCUGCUCGAAGUUCAGUUUCCUGCAAACACCCGUGUUGACACUUGGGUUCGUUCUGGAACAGAGUUGUCGUCCUCUUAUGACCCCCUGAUUGCCAAGAUCAUCGCAACCGACAGUUCCAGGAGCGUAGCAAUAGACAGGCUCCUCGAGGCCCUAAGGUCCACAACAAUCACUGGCGUCGAGACAAAUGUUGAUUACGUGGCCCAGAUCGUAGCAUCACCAAAGUUUAGGGGCGGCGAUUUCACCACCAAGACUCUGGACGCAUUUGCUUACCAACCAAGAGCCAUCGAAGUACUGGAGCCCGGUCCAGGGACAACGGUACAAGACUAUCCCGGCCGAACCGGCCACUGGCACGUAGGUAUUCCCCCCUCGGGCCCGAUGGACAGCUGCUCCCUUCGAAUGGCAAACAAACUUGUGGGAAACGAGGAGGGCGCCGCAGGACUUGAAUGUAGCAUCCAGGGCCCGAAAUUGUUGUUCCAUUGCGAUGCGAUGGUGGCCGUGGCUGGGGCGCUCGCCGACGUCUCGAUUGAUGGUCAGAUCGUCGAUUCCACCAAGGCAAUCCAGAUCCAAAAGGGCCAAUUCCUAUCCGUGGGAAUACCAAGAUCUGGCUCUCGUUCUUAUAUUGCCUUUCAGGGUGGAGGUCUCAAGGUGCCCGACUUCUAUGGCAGCCGAUCAACCUUUACGCUUGGACGACUCGGAGGUCACAAUGGGCGAGUACUGCAGUGCGGAGACCUUUUGCGACUGGAAAGCCAGCCACUCGAAAAAGCGGUGCCAUCUCAACCGGCAACGCUUCCAAGACUUCCAGUCCCCACAGGCUCCGUGUCGCAAUGGAAGCUUGCCGUCAUGCCCGGCCCGCAUGGCUGUCCAGACUUCUUCACUGCCGAAGGAUACCAAGAGCUCUUCAGUGCGUCUUGGACUGUUCACUACAACAGCAAUCGGUCGGGUGUCCGCCUGAGGGGUCCUACGCCGCAGUGGGCGCGUGUGGACGGCGGCUCUGCCGGCCUGCAUCCGUCAAACAUACACGACAGUCCAUAUGCGAUAGGAAGCAUCAGCUUUACGGGAGAUGAUGCGGUGGUGCUGACGGGCGAUGGACCCAGUCUGGGCGGCUUUGUGGUAUUUGCCACCGUGAUCACGGCUGAGAUGUGGAAGUUUGGACAGAUGCGACCUGGCGAUCAGAUUCAACUCGUGCCGGUACAUAAGAGCUGGGCGCUCGAUCAGGCAGCCAUUCUGGACGAGACUAUUGAAAAACUUGUGGAUCUUCCUGACUGGUCAACUGAGGCCUCGGGUACUUUGACCCAGGAGGAUCUCGCCUCUCAAGCAGUCACUCUUGUAGACGGAGAGAACGGUAUUGUCUGCCGGCAGUUUGGUGACCAGGCUUUCCUGCUCGAGUUUGGACAGCAUGACGGAUUCAACCUAUUACAGACCUUCCAGAUCGCAAGCCUUGUCCGGCAACACAAAGCAUCGCCAAUACCACACGUCCGAGAGCUGGUCCCCGGUGUCCGCACGUUGCUUGUCAUGUGCGACACGCUGGUAACAGUUGACAAGGCCCUGGAAGAGCUCAGGUCGCGGGUUCCGGCGCUCAUACAAGACUUACCGACCGCGCUCCCGUCCCGCCGCGUUCGGCUACCAUUUGUCUUUGAUGACAGAGUCUCCCAGGCGGCCGUCGACCGCUACAUGACCACGAUCCGCAGCUCGGCGCCGUACCUCCCGAGCAACGUGGAGUUCUUGCGCGAGCUCAACUUCCCCGACAAGGGCGUGGACGCCGUCCGGGAGGUGCUGGAAAGUGGCGAAUUCUUGGUGCUGGGGCUGGGCGACGUCUAUCUAGGCUCGCCUUGCGCGGUGCCGCUGGACCCGAGGCAUCGGCUGUUUGGCACCAAGUACAACCCGUCUAGGUCCUUUACGCCCCGGAACUCUGUUGGCAUCGGCGGCCAGUACAUGUGCAUCUAUGCAACGGACUCGCCGGGGGGUUAUCAGCUCCUGGGGAGGACGGCCCCGGUCUGGAACUCGUACGGAAGCAGCAGCAGUGGAGGGCCUGCGUGGAUGUUCCAGCUGCUGGAUCGCAUCUCGUUCCACCCCGUCCCUGAGGAAACGCUGGACUCUGCCAUCGCAUCCGGCAAGUACCACGAGCUCAUCAGCAUCGAGGAGGAUGCACUGAAUCUGCAAGACUACGAAAAGUGGCUGAGCGACAACGCUCAAGACAUCGAGCACGUCGUGCAACAGCGCGUUCAGGCGGUGCGAUGCGCGCCCUUUUACAACGAGCUCCUCAGGCCCUUUCAGGACGCCAAAGACGAUGCCGUAUCUGGCCCGGGACAGGCGGUGCCUGAUGAUUCUCCGGGCGAGCGGGUCAAGGCCAACAUACCAGGGAGGUGUUUUCGUAUUCACGUCAAAGAAGGACAGGAGGUGAAUGCGGGAGAUGACGUGGCGUGGAUCGAGGCGAACAAGAUGGAGCUGAAAAUAUGCUCGCCGGUACGGGGGAGGUGCGCCAGGGUAUGCGUGGCGGCGGGCAGCAUCGUUAACGCCGGCGAUGACUUGGUUGUCAUUGCUCCGGUGUCGUAGGGAGUGGGGGCGGCUGAUUGCUGGAGUGUUGAUCUUGUUGUCUACCUGGGAUAAGUACCUAGGUAGUCCCGAGGAUGAAGCGGACAGAGCGGACAUUGAAGAGGAAUGCUUGCAUGACGGAUACCUUUGAUCCAAUCAAGGAGCAAACUGACUUGUUAAAAGAUGAAAUUCAAACCAUAAUUAUCCCAUACGAAACUGAGUUGAAGUUGAAUUGGA